AAAAAUUGGCACCGUCUGACAUAGCGCAUAUCGAAGACACAAGUCCGCAGCCAAGCUGGUUCACAACAGCGGAAACCCCGACGGCAAGACACAAGCACCGUACGGUAGAGUUGAUGACCUCCCACAGAUCAAGGGCCAGCGCUGUAUCGUUGUGUGUGAAGGAGUCCGGAAUAAUAACAAGCAUGGCAUUCGUGGCAUUCACCUGAAACUGAUGAGCUACAUCGGUCAGACUGUGCCACCUUUUCUGGAAAGGACUGUUGGCUCGUCGGUACCGAACCCGAGAUUCAACACCCCAGUUUCGACCUCGUCACCAGUCACUCAUUCACCCUGCAUCAGAACCGAAUACUUCCAUGCUGAACUAGUAUAUAUACACAGGUCCUCACUCGAUUCAUGUGCAGAAGAACCACAACCAGAAAGCAAAGAUGAAAUCCAAAACCUGGAGCAAGGACCUACACAUGAGUGCAAUGAAGUGCAGUAUCCUGGGCGAAAGGUUGCACUUCCUGUUGUCUUGUCAGUGUGCCUAGCGGUCUUCCUUACUGCACUUGACCGAACCAUUAUCGGCACUGCCGUCCCAACAAUCUCGAACCAUUUUCAUUCCUUCGCGGACAUAUCUUGGUAUGAAUCCGCAUAUCUGCUUACCUUCGCUGCGCUUCAACUGCCGAUGGGCAAGGUCUAUACCUUCUUCCCUUCCAAAUGGACGUUCAUCACCAUUGUCAUAAUCUUCGAGAUCGGUUCAAUUAUUUGCGCUGCAGCUCCAAACUCGACCGCUUUGAUAGUUGGACGUGCCAUCGCUGGCAUUGGCAGCGCAGGUACCAACACGGGCGCGCAGGUAAUCUUUGCUGACCUCUUCCCUCUCGAGAAGCGCCCCAAGUACCAAGGCUUCCUAGGCGCGACUUUUGGCCUUGCUUCGAUCGCUGGGCCUCUCCUCGGAGGUGUCUUCACGACAAAGGUCUCUUGGCGCUGGUGUUUCUGGAUCAAUGUGCCGAUUGGCGGCGUUGCACUGGCCGUGUUAGUGCUCCUCUUGCCAGCAAAAGCAGCUCCUCAAAGCUUCACAGGGAAGUCAUUUCUGCAGCGAGUGCGACAGUUCGACCCAGUUGGGACUGCAUUGCUGCUGCCUGGCUUGAUAUUGUUGCUCUUGGCCCUGCAGUGGAGUGGUAACCAGUAUUCCUGGGGAAGUACACGAGUUGUGGUGACUCUUGUCUUGGGUAUCGUGCUGCUCCUGGCAUUUGGUGUCUCCCAAAGAUGGGCUGGGGAAAAUGGAGCAGUGCCACCUAGGAUCUUGCGCCAACGCAGCAUUAUCGCUGGAGCAGCGGUAUCCCUUGGAUACGGAUCAACGCUGGUCAUAGUGACCUUUUACUUACCAAUCUGGUAUCAAGCGAUCAAGGGACUAUCAGCUGUCGACGCCGGUAUACGGAUGAUUGGGUAUUUUCUCACCACUGUCUUUGCCGUCAUCGGAUCCGGCGUCAUCGUCUCCAAAACAGGAUAUUAUACUCCAUGGUUGAUAGGAGGCACUGCUCUUUUGAUCGUGGGCAACGGUCUCCUCACAACCUUUCGAGUCAACACAAGCACAGGCGAAUCCAUUGGCUACCAGAUUGUCAUCGGCACAGGCAUGGGUUUCAGCUUAGCACAGUGUUACAACGCAGCCCAGACCGUCCUCUCUCGUGAAGACAUCCCGAUUGGCAUCACAAUCCUGAGUUUUUGCAAUUUCGUUGGUGGCACUAUUUUCGUUAGUGUCUGUCAAGGAAUAUUGUCGAGCACGUUGAGAACACGGCUUCGUGAGAGCAUUCCUGGACUUGACGUGUCGUCGAUAACGAGCUCCGGCGCAUCGGACUUGUCGUCACUCGUUUCCACAGACCAGCUUCCACUGCUUCUGGAAGCAUACAACAAAGGUAUCAACAACGUCUUCUACUGUGCGCUGGGACUGUCAUGUCUGGCCUUCGCAGCGUCAUGGUUCGUGGAAUGGAAGAGCGUCAAAAAGGAGCCUGGUGUCACAGAAGACUGACGAGGCGUUAUCUCAGAAAUCGAGGAAGGUCCGAAAUCUUUCAGAAUAGAAGUGUAAACAAAGCUUGCAGUCACACCACGCAAGUUUAAUGUUGAGAAAAGUGGGACGGAGAUCUUC